AUGGUGGAAAGAGGUAUGCAGCCAUGGUUGAAUUUAGGGUUUUGGAAAGGGAAAAGGAAAAUUGAUGAGAAAUGGAAAAAGAGAACGGUGAAGGCAAAGCAAAAUUCUAAGCGCCAUUUUCCAAAGCCAACAGCGUUAAGAGAUGACAGGUGGCAAAAAAGAUUGGAACGAAAAGAAGGAUACCCGAUUGAGCGGGUUACAACGAGAACUCUUGACAUGUUUGAGGGUGCACUAGCAAAACGCCAUGAUGGCAAAGAAGUUAAAAAGAAAACUGUUAAGAAGGCUAAGGAAGCCACACCCAAUACAGCAGAAAAAAUGCAGGUUGUUAAUGAAGAAGAUGCUGAUGGUGAUGAUGUUGAGAAUGAAGAUGAAGAUGAUGUUGGCAAAGUUGAAGAGCAUGCUGAUAAUGAUUAUGAUGAGGUUGAUGAUGAUGGUUUUGAUCAUGAUGAUCAUUAUGAUUAUGCUGAACUCGACCCUGAAGUGCAAAACACCAUGCACAUCAAUGAUGAGAAUGAGAAUGAUGGGAAUGAGAAUGAGGAUAAAGAGGCUUUGAUUCAAAGGAUUGUGGAUAAAGAUAUAGAAAGCCAGAACAUGAUGUUUAAAGUUUCUGCAUCAGGGAACCAUGCUCUGGCAAUGGCUGAUAAGUUGGAUGGGGCAUACAAAGAAUUGGAAGACUAUUACAAUAAAAUGAGCACCUCGUUAAAACAGUCAAAGAUUGAACAUCCAAACAACCACCUGGUACACAUUAAAUACUCACAAUGUCUGACAUUGUUGGAGAACAUGUCAAAAUUUGUUGAUGAAAACACCAAGGAAGUGGCAACUGAGAGAGAAGAAGGUGAAAAUGAAGGUGACGUUGAAAAAGAAGUUGAAGGUGAAAAGGAAGUGGAAGUAGGAGGUGAAAAUGAAGGAGAAUGGGAGGAGGAGAUGGCUGGAAAACAAAACGACAUAAAAGUGUAA